AAGAAUCAAGUGAACUAACCAAGAGUUUCAACUUUCAAUAAUAUAUCCUCCUUCUCUCUUGUUGAAACAUUUCUUCUUCUUCUUCUUCUUUUUUUUUUUCAAAAGAAACCAUGGUAGUGAAGGUGUACGGUCCUCACUGUGCCUCAACCAAAAGAGUGUUGGUUUGUCUUGUUGAGAAGGAAAUAGAAUUUGAGGUUGUCCCUAUUAAUUUCUUGGAAGGGGAACAGAAGAAUCCUGAGUACCUCAAAUUACAGCCUUUUGGAACUGUUCCUGUAAUUCAAGAUGGAGACUAUGCCCUUUAUGAAUCUCGUGCAAUAAUGAGAUAUUAUGCUGAAAAAUAUAGAUCUCAAGGGAUUGAAUUACUUGGAAAGACAAUAGAAGAAAAAGGUCUAGUGGAACAAUGGCUAGAAGUUGAAGCACAAAACUUUAACCCAUCAGCAUACAACUUGGCCCUUCAUGUAUUAUUUCCUUCACUACUAGCUGAUAACACUCCAAAUCCUAAGGUAAUUGAAGAGAGUGAAGCAAAACUUGUGAAGGUUUUGAACAUUUAUGAAGAGAGACUAUCAAAGAGCAAGUAUUUGGCUGGUGAUUUCUUUAGUCUUGCUGAUAUAAGUCAUCUUCCAUUUACUGAUUAUAUUGUUAACCAAAUGGGGAAAGAGUAUUUGAUUAAGGAUAAGAAACAUGUUAGUGCUUGGUGGGAUGAUAUAAGUAGUAGACCAUCAUGGAAAAAAGUGCUCGAGUUAUAUAGUCCUCCGAUUUAACUUAAGUGCAUGUUUAGAUUGACAGUAAGAUUGUGAAAACUCAGUGUCUACUAUGAAUACACUUGCUUGCUGAAAGAAUGUCAGGAAAAAUGCAUUUAGAAUUAUUAAUAUCAUGUUGAUAAAGAAUAAAUGUGGUUCUAAUAAAGUUUCAAAGGGAAGUGAGGGAUUUAGGAACAUAGUGGAUUAUUGUCCACCAUUUGUUCAUUUCCUUUCUUUUUUAGUUUAGUUAUAUUGUAUUUGGGUGUGCUUAUGUUGUCUUUUGUACUUUGAUGAAUCAAUAAAAAUAUAUAUCUUUGGAACAUUA